AUGGCGGCUCCAGGUAAAGCAUGUUGCUCAAUCCCUCCUAUCAUCUCUCAGGGGUAUAAACCGAAAGGAGAAUAUGUGACUUUGAAUGGAUUGAAGACAUUUCUUCUCCUCCCAGAUGUUGCUGGUCCAAUGGAUGCAAAACACGCCGUCUUGGUCAUAUACGAUGUCUUCGGAUUCUUCGACCAGACUAUCCAAGGAGCUGAUAUCAUUGGGAGCUCUGAUGAGAAGCGAAAAUAUCGCGUCUUCAUGCCAGAUUUCUUCGAAGGCAAUCCGGCUGAUAUUUCAUGGUACCCUCCACUGACAGAGGAGCACCAGCGAAAACUCGGAAACUUCUUCCAAACCCAAGCCGUUCCACAGAAGACCCUGGAGAAAAUUCCGGGAAUAGUCUCAAAGGCGAAUGAGACAGCAGCCUUCGGAAAUUUUGAAUCCUGGGCGAUUCUGGGCCAUUGUUGGGGAGGCAAGAUCGCAGCUCUGGCCGUAUCUGGCGACAGCAAACAGUUCAAGACAGCUGUACAGUGUCAUCCGGCCAUGUUGGAUCCGAGCGAUGCAAAGAAUGUGACGGUUCCUAUGGCACUUCUGGCUUCAAAAGACGAACCUGCCGAAGAUGUCAAAGCAUUCGAGGCCAAUCUCACUGUACCCCACAAGGUCGAGACAUUCCCCACUCAGAUUCAUGGAUUCAUGGCUGCACGAUCAAAUCUCGAAGAUGACGAGGUGCGCAAGGAGUACGAGCGAGGCUAUCUAAUGGUGCUGGAGUUCUUGAACAAAUACACCUAG